CUCCCACUCUUCCCAUUUAUUUCAUCCUCACCACCAUCCAUACGUUCUCUCAUCUGGGUCUCCCUCUCCCUCUCUCUCUCUCUCUCUCUCUACACAAUAGAUUCAAUCCCCAGACUCUAGUGGAAUUCAUCCAAUUCCCAGACACAGUGAGAAUUCUUGUUAAAUAACAAUGUGCACGACCCGAGAUCAUUCGGGUCAAGCCCCGUUUAAGGCCCUGAAGCCUCCCAACCCACCGGAUAAAAAAGGCGACGUCCUGACGACGUCGUUGAAGGCUGCUGUUGCCAUCAUCUUAACCUUCUCAAUUUCCCUUGCUCUCUACUUCACCACCCGACCCGUUUUCUUCCGCUGGCCCGACGUCCCCGACCCGGCCCUCUACAUGGCCGAGCUCUACUCCGACCACUCCCCUACCAACAUCUCCCAUAUUGCUUUCGGCAUCGGCGCCUCCACGGGGACUUGGGAGAAACGCCUCCACUACUCGGAUAUCUGGUGGAAACCCAACAUCACACGCGGCUUCGUCUUCCUGGAGAAGAACCCGGACCCCAGAACCGCGUCCGAAAUCCGCCACCGGGUUUCCUCCGACUGGAAGAGAUUCAAGCGCUCCGCCGGGUCGGAGUCGGCGGUGAGACUGGCCCGGGUGGUGGUCGAUUUGUUCCGUGCCGGGUUGCCCAACGUGAGAUGGUUCGUGAUGGGGGACGACGACACGGUGUUCUUCCCGGAGAACUUGGUGACGGUGCUGGGGAAGUAUGAUCACCGGCGGAUGGUUUACGUCGGCGGAAACUCCGAGAGCGUGGAACAGGACGUGAUGCAUGCGUACGAUAUGGCCUUUGGAGGCGGUGGGUUCGCAAUUAGUUAUCCAUUAGCGGCGCAGCUGGUCAGCUUGAUGGACGGUUGCCUGAAUAGGUAUCACUAUUUCUACGGCUCAGAUCAGAGGGUGUGGGCUUGUGUAGGGGAACUCGGUGUGGGACUAUCUAGAGAACUCGGGUUUCACCAGAUUGAUAUUAGAGGCGAUCCGUUCGGUCUUCUGGCAGCACAUCCGUUGGCACCUCUGGUUUCUCUUCACCACCUUGACUAUGUCAAGCCGUUGUUUCCAAACAAAACGCAGCUAGAGUCGUUGCAAGUGUUGAUGAAAGCAUAUGAAGUCGACCCGUCCAGAAUCCUACAGCAAAGCUUUUGCUACCAACGCAGGCACAAAUGGUCUGUCUCGAUUUCAUGGGGCUAUGUCGUGCAAAUAUACCCUACCCUGUUGACGGCCAAAGAGUUGGAGAUGCCACUGCUGACGUUCCGAACGUGGAGGAGUUGGAAAGAGGGACCGUUCACGUUCAAUACCCGUCCGUGGAGCUAUGAUCCUUGUCAACAGCCAAUUAUCUUCUAUUUGAACUCGGUCAGGGAGGAUUCUGCCGGUGAUACACUCACAAUGUACAGAAAAUUUGCUGUUGAGACAGACAAGAAAUGUGGCCGGCAGUAUGCUUCCGCCAUGGCUAUUGAAAACAUCAUCGUCUCAGCACCGAAAAUGGAUCCGGAAGAGUGGAAACAGGGGACUAGAAGACAAUGCUGUGAGAUAAACGGCAGUAUAUCGCAAGGAACGAUGAGGAUUAGGAUUAGAAGGUGUCAGCAAUCGGAGACUGUAACUAUAUGAGUGGAGCAAACCUGUUUUGACUGAGCUAAAUGGUAUAUAUGUUGUGUGAAAAACUCAAGGUAUUUAUAGAUUGAGAUUUUUCUUGUUUUUGAAGAGGUAUAGAGGUGGAUUUGUUGCGGU